GUCAGCGACGCUGCUUGCAACAACCGAUUUUCCAGCGGCCAUGCCGGUAGACUGCCACAGCAACGUGUCAAGUCAUGCAGAGGCUUCUGAACUACUUUUCCCCAGAAGAUGCCGAGUGGCCUCCUUGGCAUGUGGGCGGACGCUACGAGGUCAUGCGGCCGGUGGACUUGAUCCAUCGUACAGAUUCACCUGGCAACGUUUUGAAGUUGACACCACAGACUAUCGUGUUGGUAAUGGCAGUUCGUGUUGUUCAAGAUGAUGCCGAAGAGGUCAUCAUAGGUUACCUGGCGGACACCAACAUCGACCCCAAGAGAAAUGAUGGCAGGCCGCUUUGUGGUUGGGGACAGCUUUGGCACCCAAAGGAUGGGCCAAAGCUGGGCCGACGGGCCCUGCAGAGCUGGGAGACGGGAGGUUGCUACAAAGUGGAUGGCAAGCCAGUCCUGCGAGUUGGUGCAGACUUGGAGACGGAUGCUCUAUGCGAGUUGGAUGAGCCAAACGAGGUACUUUUGCUGGACCUUGCCCUGGCAGUCACAAAAUCCAACUCAGAGCCACGCUUGCGUGGGAAGGUGCGCACCGAUGGUGGACUUCUUGGAUGGUUAACCAUUGAGUUGCCGGGGGCUCCACCGUUGCUUCAUCGCGUGAAUCUUCUUCGAAAAGAUGCGCUUUUGGGACAGAUCAGUCCCUUUCCGGUGCCGGUUUGUCUGGACAUGGCCGUUUGCAAAGAAUCUGCGCGCCGUAGCUCUCGACGAGCACCAGUGGUGGGGCCCAGCGACUAUCCAUGGGACAUAGGAGGUGUUUACCGAACAUUGGAAAAGGUGAGGUUUGACGAGGGCAUUGUUCUACGCGCUGGGAAGUUGGUGCGGGUGGUAGCGAUUCGACCGUUUGCUGCAGAAUCUCGCGUGGACCAAGAGCAGUUGCGAUUGCACCUCCGAGUCGAAACUGGCACUAUGGCUGGACGAAGUGGUUGGAUCACUACUAGCAGCUCCAUCAGGAAGGCAGCACUGGAUGUCAGAAACCACUUGGAGUUUCAGCAAGUUAUAGAAGCUGCUGCUGUCGAACCUCCUUCCGAGGCCUUCACAGUACGGAUUGAGCGCUGUGGGCGGGCGUUGGGGCUGCACCUCCGUGGUCUCCAUAUAGACACAAUACUACCUGAAGGAGCAUUUCACGAGUGGAACCAGGCGAGCACUGCGCAGAAGGUCAAGCCGGGGGACCGGAUCAUUGGAGUAAAUGGCCUGGAUGAUCGGUCUAUCGAGACCUUGAUCUCUGAAAUGAAAGAGAAGGAAAUCCUCUACGUGCGUAUCCUUCAAGAUGCAGGUGCACGGCCCCAAGCUGCCGGCGCUGAGGAGGAAUUGCGGAAAGGACCAGACCUCGCGAUGUUGCGCUGCGACUCUGAGACUGUGCUCAAAGAGGACAACUGGGAGAGGAAGGAGGAAGCAGAAGCGAGAUCUGAGUUGGAGGAGCAAUGGAGAUCGGAGAAGAAGUCUUUGGCCACACCGUCAUUCAUUGUUGGAAAGGAUUCCGCAAGAGCAAAGAUCCGCAUCACUGAGGACGAGCCGGACUGGAAGCCAUUUUGUGAAGGUGAAGGCGUUCCAUUGGAGGAUGCUCAUGACAAAUGCCCAUGCCGAGAGCAAUGCAAAGAACAUUGCCACGAGGAAGGCUUUUUGUCAUUCCUCAGUUGCGGUCCUCGAGUCUCCAGAGGACUUGUGGAACCAGCUCCAGAGCCUGGAAGCUCCUGAGUGAUGUCAAGCACAUGUAUCACAACCGACCCUGCUGAAAAGUGGCAAGGGUCACAGACCCAUGGCCUAAUGUGCCUCAGCAA